UUAAUGUGCACAAUCAAAACUGAAAUGAACACCGGUCAAAGCGAAGGCAGCCUGCUACUGCUGUGUAUAUUUAUUAUCGUAGUGUCAGCUCUAUCGUCAACAGUCAACCAGUUCGAUAUUUCCGAGUACGUCUACGGAGUAGAUCAUGAUUUGCAAGCGAGAGCACGUUCGGCCAUCGAGGCGGAGAGAUUCGCCUAUCGAUCGCGGGCAAAUAAGAUACAAUUAGUCAACGCAACUUGCAGAGUCCGGUCAGAAAGGCCCUGUCCACCGAGCAAGUACAGAACACCGUCUGGUGCUUGCAAUAAUGUAAGACAUCCUGCCUGGGGUGCCAGGGGCUCCCCGUUCCUCAAAUUACUGCCAUCAGAGUAUUCAGAUGGCAUCUCGAGACCGCGUCAGUCGGUGGGUACUCACAGUCUACCCGCGUCAAGCGAUGUCAUCUCCCACGUUCUGUCAUCCUUUCCGAGAGUAGCAAGUCACGAGGGUUUGACUAGUCUGUCUGGUGUUUGGUCGGAGCUAGUGCUGCAGGAUAUCGCUGCUAUAGUACGCCCCACGGGUCCAGAGAAUAAAUGCUGCUCCAAUAUGCAGCAGCAUCCGGAGUGCUACGAGAUGCGCGAUGAAAAAUUCGGCUGCAGACGUUACUGGCGAUCGGUGCCAAGUUUAACGGUACACGGCUGCCAGUUCGAGACGAGAGAGCAGAUGAACGGUGUCUCGUCGUAUUUAGAUGGUACCGGUAUCUAUGGCGCUACCGACGACAAGCUGCAUCUGAUCAAGACUUACGAAGACGGUAAGGUCAACUUGACCGCUUGCGAAUUGUGCGAGCAAACCGAUCGCAAUGCGCUUGGCCUGUUGCAUCGGGUCUUCCUGCGCGAGCAUAAUCGCGUGGCGGAGAAAUUAGCGGAGACGAAUGUGCACUGGGACGACGCGAAGCUCUUCUUGGAGGCACGCCGUAUCGUCGUCGCGCAGCUUCAGCAUGUCACCCUCAAUGAAUACAUACCGGCGAUAUUACGGGAAGCCGUACAAGUCGAUCAUGAACUCAGACCACUUGCAAACGGCUUUUACGCUGGUUAUUCCUCGUCAAACAAGGCGGGUACAUACAAUGCAGUAGCACUAGCAGCUUUGCGCGCUCUUGUUUGGACGCGUGCGGAUAAAAUAGGAGGUCUAGAGAGCCAUAUUGUUACUUCUGCCAACGGCAUCGGCGUCGCAGCCGCACCAGACGCGGCCGCCUGGUCCAUGCACGUUGCACGAGAUCACGGAGUGCCCGGAUACGUCAAAUAUCUGACUAACUGUUUAGAAGAGUAUGUUAAGAUCGAAAAUUUCACGGAUCUAACGAGAGUAAUGCGACCUGAGCACGUGCAUCUGCUAAGUACGAUUUACACAAAUGUAGAGGACGUGGAUCUUCUCGUGGGUGGUAUCUUGGAGACUCCGGCAACGGGUGUUGCUGUUGGUCCAACAUUCGAGUGUCUUCUUAAAAAGCAGUUUGUGACAAUGAGAAAUUCCGAUCGCUUCUGGUACGAGAACGACCUUCCACCCUCAGGACUGACGGCGAUGCAGCUGGUCGAGAUCAGAAAGGUGUCCCUCGCCAGUAUUCUGUGCGCCAAUACCAAUAUUCGCAGGAUACAGCCGAGAGUGUUCAUCCGACAGGACCAAUAUUUGAACAGCAGGAUUACUUGCGAGCAGUACGAAUCUUUGAAUGUCGCGGCAUGGACCGAGAAACCGCUGCCGCUUCCUAUGAUGCAGUAUAACUCGAUAAACACGAGCACGGAUGGUGAGUCGACGCAGCUUCUAUCGGAGAUCAGUCCCGAGGUGGUUGCCGCUGCGGUAAAGAGAGCAGAGGAAGAGCUAAUUGAGCGAAAGCAGUUGGAGUAUAAUGCUUGGCUAGAACAAAGAAUUGCCGACCCGAAAUCGGCCGCCGGCACUGCAGCUAGCUUUUCGAAAGCUAACAAGGAUGCCCUGUUGCUCGCCAAUUCGUCCAUCAUGUACGAAUUGGCUACAAACGAGAUUCUAAAUGGUGUACACGGUCUCCGACGAAGAAGACGUCAGAUUUUCGAGAACACGGAGAACGUUCUAGGAUUCCCCAACUCGAACGAGUUCUCCGAUCUGCUGCAGAACGUCGAUAUCUCCGGUUUCUUGAAUCAUAAUCAAAAGGCGACGCACCAUGAAGAAGUCGAAUGUCCCGUAGAUAAUUCCCCAUGCGAUCCAACUACACCUUACCGAACCCUAUCGGGCCACUGCAACAAUCUACGUAAUCCCAACCUUGGCAAGUCGUUGACAACCUUCGCCCGUCUGUUGCCACCUGUUUAUGAGGACGGUGUUUCCAAACCGAGAAUGACUUCCGUCACCGGCGCACCUUUGCCAAACCCUCGGGUAGUCUCCACCGUGAUCCACCCUGACAUAUCGAAUUUGCACAACCGUUAUACGUUGAUGGUGAUGCAGUUCGCUCAAUUUUUGGAUCACGACUUGACGAUGACUCCCAUACACAAAGGCUUUCAGGAAUCGAUUCCCAGUUGUCGAGCAUGCGACUCACCACGCACCGUUCAUCCCGAAUGCAAUCCGUUCCCCGUGCCACCGGGUGAUCACUUCUAUCCUACUGUGAACGUCUCGUCAGGCUCGCGUAUGUGCUUCCCGUCGAUGAGAUCGUUGCCAGGCCAGCAGCAUUUGGGUCCACGUGAACAAGUGAAUCAGAAUACCGGUUUCUUGGAUGCGUCGGUAGUCUAUGGCGAGAAUUCGUGCAUCUGUAACAUCCUGCGCGGUUUCAACGGUCGCAUGAACAUCACAACGAAUCCAAGACGCGGCAGGGAUUUACUGCCGCAAUCGGCGACGCAUCCAGAAUGCAAGGCACGAUCAGGAUUGUGCUUCAUCGGUGGUGAUGGCCGCGCUUCGGAGCAACCAGCGCUGGCAGUCAUGCACACCAUGUGGAUACGCGAACACAAUCGCGUGAUGGAAGGUUUGCGGCAGGUAAAUCCUCACUGGGACGGCGAGAAGCUCUUCCAGGAGACACGACGCAUCAUUAGUGCGAUGUUACAACAUAUCACGUACAACGAGUUUCUGCCGAGAAUUCUUGGCUGGAACGCCGUUAGUUUGUAUGGUCUUAAGCUGUUGCCCCAAGGCUACUACAAGGAAUACUCGCCCACUUGCAACCCUAGUGUGCUCAACGAGUUCGCUGCCGCGGCAUACCGAAUUGGCCAUUCUUUACUGCGACCGCAUUUGCCGCGCAUGGAUCGCAAUUAUCAGAAUAUCGAUCCUCCUAUCUUACUGCGUGACGGAUUUUUCAAUCCGGAUAUGCUCUAUCAGGAGCACAUGAUCGACGAGAUGAUACGUGGCCUAGUGACUACGCCGAUGGAGACAUUAGAUCAGUUCAUCACCGGCGAAGUGACCAAUCAUCUGUUCGAGCAACGCGGUAUUCCGCAUUCUGGCGUGGAUUUGAUAGCUCUAAAUGUUCACCGAGCCCGCGAUCACGGAAUACCGUCAUACAAUCAUUACAGAGCGCUUUGUAAUUUGAAGAAAGCUACCACAUUUGAGGAUUUGUCCAGAGAAAUGGCGCCGGAAGUGAUAGCUCGAAUGAAACGUAUAUAUGCCUCUGUAGAUGACAUCGAUCUCUUUCCGGGCGGUAUGAGCGAACGACCACUUCAAGGUGGUUUGGUAGGACCCACCUUCGCCUGUAUUAUCGCUAUUCAGUUCAGACAGUCCAGAAAGUGCGAUCGUUUCUGGUAUGAGACCGAUGAUCCGAACAUCCGCUUUACUGAGCACCAAUUGGCAGAGAUUCGCAAAACUACUCUGUCCAAGGUGAUGUGCGAGAACAUGGAUCACCAGACGGACAUGCAAAGAGCGGCAUUUGAUUUACCCAGUAAUUUCUUAAAUCCACGCGUACCGUGCAGCUCCAUGCCCCAUAUGGACUUCUCUGGCUGGCGAGAGACCAGACAUGGCUGUCAAAUCGGUGGAAGAAACGUCGCGGUCGGAGAGUCUGGUUUCCCUACGCCUUGUACUAGCUGUGUUUGCACCAAUGAAGGCACGCAAUGCGCUUCGUUAAGAGUUACGGAUUGCAAUCAACUUCUACGAGAGGCUUCUCGAGAAGCGAUUCUACGGGACGAUGUAUGCACCGCUCAAUGUGGUUUCGUUUUGGCAGCCUCAGAGAGUAACGCAAGACUACAAUUCACUACGCCUAGCGGCUCAGGUUUUUCUGGUUUCCCACCACACACGAAUAAUCUGAGAAAUUCACCGACGCCAGCCUCGUUCAACGGCUUUAAACUACCUGACCUCUCGCAAUUCAUUGGCUAAAUCGAAAGAGACGGGAAGACUUAAAAUUCAUAACUCUUUGUUUACGGAUUAUUAUAUUGUACGCAGGAAACACACUGCCUUUACUUCGAGAGACUGUAUGACAAACACGAUCAAAAUAUUUCAUAACCGAUCGUACUCAAGCUCAAUAUCAUAAAGAGAAACAAAUACAACAAACAAACAAGGAGAAACAGUGAGUAUGUUUCGAAUAUAUGCAAGAAAUACUUAACAGAAGAUAAAAGGAAGAGUACCUGUCGGCGUGUAAAUAUAGAUGAUAAGGCGCAAGUAUUUAAUUCAUGGAAGAAGAAUGAGAUCACAUCGUCGAAAAAUAAAAGAGAGCAAGAAGACACGCGAAUGAAGACUUUUUUAAAGAGGUUCUCCAGUUUAAUAAAGUGGAUGGGAGUCAUGUGACUUUUUUUACACGGAAGUAUAAAGGAUGCAAAAUGCUACUGCUAUUUUUU